AUGGCCUUGAAUCUACGGUUACGCAAGGUGACACUUAUAUCCGCGCUUACCGUGGUGGCGUGCAUAUAUAUUACCUACCGCUGCAUUUACAAAGCCGAUUAUGACGACUUUGACCGGUCACUCGUCGAGAAAGUUGGCGAGCAAGUGGAGACACCAGCGGACUUUGACGGUACCGCCUCCAGUUGCCGUUGCCAGGCUGUUCACCGUAGAAAUCGGACUAGGUUUUGGCCACCCUUGGAUGUGCAGGAUUUAUUCUGCUCACGAGACGGUACCUACGACAUAUCUCUGUGCGUAGACCAGUUGGACAAUGCUAGCACCUACCACCGAAAUAAACUGACGGAACGGCUUAGAAUGCUCAGAGCGCAGAAUCCCGAUGUCAAAGUUACCGGCUCAGAGUUGAAUCAGUGGUAUCAGCUGGAAGACAGCAGUCGGCGUCAACGCUAUGAUAUGUACCCCAUGGCGGUCAAUAUUUCAGAGACUAACAGGAAUAUGUCCUUGGGUCUCCCAGUCCUUGAGGUACGGCACUCCACUUUGAAACGUUUUUUUUAUUAUUUAUUAAUGGGCAUCGUCCUGUUGGAGACACCUAGUCACCAACACGAAAUUAGUUCACUUCGAGAAGCCUACUGGAUCUGUGUUUUCCAUUUCUUAGUUAAUUGCCCCAUCUUCUUCUGCUUCCUCUUCCGGGGAUGCUAA